AUGUCGUCUUUCAGAACGCCCAAGGUGAGCCUAGAGCCCGCUUCAACGUCCGGCCUGCGAACGCUUCCCGAAUUGGUCGACUUCCACGCCAAAAGCAACCCCAAGCACCUAUUUUGUCUCCAAGCCGACGCAAAUGCGGCUGGAAAUGGCCACAAUUUUGUGCCCUUGAGCUAUGAGACGCUACAGCGCGCCAUCAUCCGCUGCCAGGCAUGGCUCAAGGAACAGGCAACCAGUCUUCAUGCACCGAAGACUGAAGCCGAUGGUAGCGUGAAUAAAUGCGCCCCCGUCGCGGUGCUCAUGGAGAGCCAUGUUGGCUUGGUCAUCUGUGUGCUCGCCUGUAUGGGCAUGGGCGUGCCAGUUGUCCUCCUGUCGGCGCGUCUGAGUGCGCCGUCCGCACGACAUCUUAUCCGCGAAACGGGCGUGAAACUUGCUCUUGUGUCUCCGCGCCUAUUGCCCCUUGCUUUCGAGGCAGUUGGUGCUGAAACUCAAGAUGGAAAAGAGAUCCCUGAUGAGAGCACGAUCAUGAUCCGCUCUGUAUCCGGCUACGAGUCGUUCCUUGCAGAUGAGCCCGCAGAAGACCAGAGUCACACCUUUCGCGCUGCCGAUGCGGAUCACUACGUUUCGGAAGAUGAUCGCCAGGUUCUCAUCCUACAUUCCUCAGGGACUUCGGGUCUCCCAAAGCCGAUACCUUGCUCUCAUCGAUACUUUCUGAGCUACGCCACAUGCCACAACUUCGAAUCGACCAAAGAAGCUCAUGGACUGACGGUCUCUACACUACCGUUCUUUCACGGUUUUGGCUUCGUAUCCGUCUGCCUGUCCCUCAAUAUCGGCAAGACAUUUUGCGCCCCUGUACCUUCCACCAUCCCCAACGGUGCCAGCAUCGCAGCCCUCAUAGAGGACUCGCAAGCGAAGGCGUUAUUGACAGUUCCGUCUAUCUUGGAGGAAAUUGAGGGCUUGCCAGAUGGCAGAGGACAUGAUAUCCUUCGCAAGCUAGAUUACGCGGGCUUCGGUGGCGGCAGACCCAAACCCUCGGUCGGUGAGAGACUUGAACGUUCGGGCGUGAGACUCGUCGGCCAGUACGGUGCGACAGAGACUGGUCCAAUGACACCUUUUUUCGUGCCCGGCAAGGAACACGACUGGCGUCGACUGCGACUGCGUGCUGAUAUACUCGGACCGCUUCAAGUGAAGCUUGACCUCAUCGAUGCAGAUGCAGAAGAGAGUGCGCAGACCGAAUCCGAAGCAGAACGAUCUUACAGCUACAAGCUGAGCAUGAAGCCGUUUGGGUGGCAGGAGCGCUUCGAACUGCAGGAUAUAAUCGUAGCACGCACGGAAUGCGCCUCGGCCGAUGACGUGGGACAGCUGGAUUUUGUGAUUACGGGCCGCAAAGACGACCUGAUCUGUCUUGCCACCGGAGAGAAGGUGAGGCCAACGAUAUUGGAAUCCCUGCUCAGACAGCAUGAGGACGUGAGAGACGCAACUGCUUUCGGUGAAGGACAGUUCGAACUCGGUGUCAUUAUAGAGCCUGUCAGACCCGUCGAACCCAGCGAGAUGGCCAGCUUCAAGGCGUCGAUCUGGCCGGCAAUUGAGGAAGCAGGCCGUCAAAUGGAUUCUCAUGCAAGAAUUACAUCGUCUACCGCGAUUCUCGUCGUCGCUCCCGAAGCGCUCCCGAGAUCAGACAAGGGCACUGUUCUCCGGAGCGCAGUGUCAAGGAAGUUUGCCGAUGAGAUGGCGGCAGUCUACUGUGAUCUUGAGGCAAGCAUGGUUGCACCACCAAUCGACCUAUCCUCGCCUGCGUCCAGUAUCAGAAAUCUCGUUACCCAGGACGUUCUGGGGUUAGACAACGGCCGUGAUUGGGAGGACGACGAUGAUUUCUUUUCAGGCGGCAUGGAUAGCCUUCAAGCGACGAGACUACGAAGACUGCUGACGGCUUCACUGCGCGCAACGUAUGCCGCCUCUAAGCCUGGGACAGCCAACCUCCUCUCCGCGGACAUGAUUAAAGAUGACAUCGUCUACCGCAACCCUUCUGUGAAUAAGCUGGUUGAGGCACUGAUUCCCAGUUCGUCCAAGACAAAUGGAGUCAUUACCGAAACAAAGCUUAUCGAACAGCUGGUAGACAAGUACUCCAGCAGAGGCAUUCACCGAGAGCAGCGAAAAUCCGUGGUAUUGCUCACGGGCGGCACUGGCAGUCUCGGGUCUUUCUUCGUUGGGCGGCUCCUUGCGGAUGAUAACGUGAGCAAUGUCAUUUGCUUGAAUAGACCUAGAAAAGGAAACCCUACAGAAGCUCAGAAACAUGCGGUAACGUUACGAAAAGUCUCUGUCGAUGAGAAAGCUUGGAAGAAGUUGGAAGUCCACGAAACAAAUACUGCAGAUCAGUGGCUCGGCUUGCCAGAGGCCGAGUACCUGCGUCUCGCGGCUAGGGUAACUCACAUCGUACAUAUUGCGUGGCCCAUGAACUUCAAAAUGGGUCUGCAGUCGUUCGAGGCUUCAUUCUCAAGCUUGCUGAACCUCAUCCAGCUAGCGCGCCAAGCGAGCAUUCACCGGGCACAGAAGCCAAAGCUGUUACUGGUAUCCUCCAUUUCUACGGUGGGGAACUAUCCGUCAAUCAAGGGACAGACUUUGAUUCCCGAGACGUCUGUCGAGGAUCAAAGCUGGACGCUAGAUCUCGGCUAUGCCAAAGCCAAGCUUGUCUGCGAGAAAAUCAUCGGACGCACGGCACAGGACCAUCCUGAGAUAGAGGCGGCGGUGGUUAGAGUCGGCCAGAUUGCCGGCUCUACCACCGGCUACUGGAACGCUUCUGAGCACUUUGUAGCCCUUUGUGCUUCUUCUCAAAAGCUGGGGAAAUUUCCCGACCUGCGUGGGACCUUGUCGUGGUUGCCGGUCGAUAUAGCUGCCGAAGCCCUCAGCGAGAUUCUCUUCCAUCAAGAACCACUCAGUGCAGUCUACCAUCUAGAGAACCCAGCCCGGCAGAGCUGGGAGGAAGUUGUCAGACUGAUGUCUGAGGAACUACGGAUAAGCAGGUCGUCCAUCAUCCCGCUCGAGGCCUGGCUCGACUUGGUCGAUACUAUACCGGAACCAGGCAACCCUGCUGCAGGUCUCACACGAUUCCUUCGAGAGGAUUUCGCCAAAAUGUCGUGUGGAUUUGUUGUCCUAGAUACCAGCAAUUCUCGCAAUACCAUUAGCAGACAAUCCGGCUACCAUAUCACGUUCUGUCUCAAGUUUCUGCUCGGCGACCUCGACAUGCUAUUUGCCGCUGUACUUUUGGGGCACAACGACAUCACAGAGAUAGCGUCGUAG